AUGUCAGACUAUGUUUGGUUUGAAGGAAUACCUUUCCCUCCUAUAGAGAGUCAAAUAGUUGAAGAAGUUCGUCAUAAGUUUCCAUUCAGAGAUGAUGACACAAUCAUAGUGACUUACCCCAAAUCAGGAACUCACUGGAUGAUUGAGAUUGUGUCCUUGAUUCAGACCAAGGGGAAUCCAGAGUGGGUCCAAUCUGUGCCCAUUUGGAAACGCUCACCCUGGAUAGAAUAUGAACUAGGAUAUAAAAUAUUAAUCAACAAAGAAGGACCACAUCUGAUCACCUCCCAUCUCCCCUUCCAUCUUUUUCCUAGGUCUUUCUUCAGUUCCAAAGCCAAGAUGAUAUAUGUCAUCAGAAAUCCCAGAGAUGUUCUUGUGUCUGGUUAUUAUUUCUGGAGUAAGUCAAACUUUGCCAAGAUUCCAGAUUCAAUGACAACUUAUGUUGACUGGUUCCUCAAAGGAAAUGUUCACAAAGGGGCAGGCCUAAGCAUAGGUGUCAACAAAGCAUGGCAUAUCAAGUUCAACCCCUUGGCUAUGUGGUUGUGUGUUGAUUAUGAUGACACAGAGCUCCAUGAUGGUGUCAGUGGGAUAACAGUGGCCAAGGGCAAUCUUGAUGUCAAUGGUCCAUGUUAUCACAAAAGAUCAUGGUCAAAAACCAUGUACAAUCCCAUGGUCUGUGCUGAUACUGAAUAUAAAUUUCAAGAACGCCUCUUUGCAGUAGUAAUGAUAACUGCAGUUUCACCAUUGAAAAAGAAAACCAGAAAACUCUUAUGA